AUGGACGGCAAAGAAGAAGAUGUUGAUCUCUACGCUCUCCUCGGCGUAGACAAGUCUGCCAGCCCAAAUGAUAUCAAGAAGGCCUAUCGAAAGUUGGCCCUGCUACACCAUCCCGACAAGGUCUCCGAAGACAAGCGUGUCGAGUCCGAGGCCAAGUUCAAGGCCAUCACACAAGCCUACGAGAUUCUUCGCGAUGACGAGAAGCGCGAACUCUACGAUACCCAUGGCAUGGCUGCCUUUGACCCAUCAAGAGGCGGCGGCCCGGGCGGUCCGGGCAUGGACAUGAACGACAUCCUUUCCCAGAUGUUCGGCAUGGGCGGUAUGGGUGGCAUGCCCGGCGGUGGCCGUGGUAUGCCCAGACGUCCCAGACGCAGCCCCGACGAAGAGCAGGCCUACAAGGUGACGCUGGAAGAACUUUAUAAGGGGAAGACUGUCAAGUUCGCCGCCGAGAAGCAGGUUGUGUGCAGCCAGUGCAAGGGCAGCGGUGCGAAGGAGAAGGUUGCGCCAAAUCCAUGCGAGAAGUGCCGCGGUCAGGGUGUCAGAGAGAUUCUCCGCCCAUUCGGCCCAGGUCUCGCUCGUCAAGAAAUUAUUCGUUGCGACCACUGCGAGGGCUCGGGCAACUACUACAAGGAGAAGGACAGGUGCAAGAAGUGCAAGGGCAAGCGGACUCUCAAGGAGAAGAAGGCACUGGAGCUCUACAUCGACCGUGGCUCCAUGCAAGGAGACCGCAUCGUGCUCCAAGGCGAGGCAGACCAAUUGCCAGACCAAACCCCCGGCGAUUUGAUCUUCCACCUUGUCGAGGAGCCCCAUGACGUCUUCACCCGUAUCGGUCACGAUCUCUCGGCCGACCUCAAUGUCACGCUUGCUGAGGCUCUCACCGGCUUCUCUCGCGUUGUGGUCAAGCACCUUGAUGGCAGAGGUAUUCACAUCAACUACCCUCGCGGCAAGGUCCUCCGCCCCGGCCAGGUUCUCAAGGUCGAGGGCGAGGGCAUGCCUCACAAGCGCGGUGAGGCCAAGGGUGACCUGUACCUUGUUGUCAAGAUUGAGUUCCCCAAGGACGGCUGGCUCGAGAGUGAUGACGACCACGAGGCGCUGAAGAAGCUUCUCCCUCCUCCAGGACCCCCUAUUGCUGCUGACGAAAUUGAUGACGUCGAAUUCACGGACAAUGCGGACAUUGAAGAGAUGGGCGCACACCAAGGAGACCCCAGAUACAGCGGUGGGGAGUGGGAGGAAGACGAGGAUGACGGUGAGGGCGGCCCCCAGUGCGCUACCCAGUAA